AUGGCAUUCCUUGUUCGUUCGCCGGAGAUACCCACCGUCUCGGCGAGAAUCUUCUCCGAUUCGAAUUCGAAUGCAAAUCCUCUGUUUACGAGGCGGAAGGCUACCGUCUCCGCGAUUGAUGCGAGAGAUUUGCCUGGUGUUGUGAAGAAUCGGAAAUCGAGAUUGUACGGGAAAUUCUCGGCUCCGGUCAAAGAAGACUGCAAAGUUAGCAGAGAGGAAGAAGAAAACAAGCAGAGCUACUACGUCAAUAUGGGUCACGCCGUUCGUUGUAUCAGAGAAGAGUUUCCUUCUUUGUUCUACAAAGAGCCCAAUUUUGACAUUUACAGGGAUGAUAUUGUGUUUAGAGACCCUAUGAACACUUUCAUGGGGAUUGAUAACUACAAAUCGAUAUUUUGGGCGUUACGUUUCCACGGAAGGAUCUUCUUCAGAGCACUCUGCGUGGACAUCGUCAGUGUUUGGCAACCGACGGAAAACACGCUGAUGAUUCGAUGGACUGUUCAUGGGAUUCCUCGUGGUCCUUGGGAGACUCGUGGUCGAUUCGACGGCACUUCAGAGUAUAAAUUCGACAAGGAUGGGAAGAUUUAUGAGCACAAAGUCGACAACAUAGCCAUUAACUCGCCUCCCAAGUUUCAGAUGCUCACUGUUCAAGAGCUUGUUGAAGCCAUUAGCUGCACUUCCACACCGAAGCCUACGUAUUUUGAGUUCGGAGAUUCAUCAUCAUCAUCAUCGCCGGAUGCAUAUUAG